AUGUGCUACGUUAUUCGAGAUUUAAAAAACUUUUCCGAGAGUACUAAUUGUCGUGUCCUCUUCAAGCGACAGCAGUACAGGCUAAUGGCGCGUUGUUCCGGUCUUUUGACAGCUUUCCUGGCCCACGAACUUUCUUCGCAAUACCAAAAGCCACGAUCGUGUUCCCUAGGUCCCACAUCGAAGACUUGCAUAGCAGAUGGACGGGGCGCUGUUAGUGCGAAAAAAGGACCAUAUUUUGCUUCCGGACCUGAUGAGGUGCAAGAAGAGCUGAUAGAAACGACAGAUAGUAUUUCCUUUGGUGAUAAUGGGCAACAUGAUAAAGGCAAUGCAGACGUAUGUAAACGAAAACGAAGAAGACUGAACGUCAUUCUUCAAAGUACAGAAUUGCCUGUGUCCUGUCAAGAGUGUUCUGAAACUUCGUUUGAAGUAUCGAAGAGUGAGGAUGUGUCAGAGAAUUUGGUGUCUUCUGGACUACCUGCUUUAUCUGACGCUUCUGAAGGUGAUGAAGCAGUCGGGUCAGCACGAGAUAAUCCAAACAGUUUGUCGUUUGUUAUUUCUUCAGCCUUCAGCAAAAUUGGUCUCACGAGCUAUGAUGAGACCUGGAUCUGGUUAGUAAUAGCCUAG